UACCAUUAGGUAGGUGGCUGUAAUAAGCGUAAGUACUGCAUCGCACUUCGCGUUGGCUUCGCUUGCGCUAUUUUUCGCCAUUUGUUUGAGAAGCAUUUAAUUUGAUCUCAAUUUACAACUUCGGGCAUCUGUAAACAAGGUUUCGGUUGUGGACGUUUUGCUGCAUCCAAAAAACUUGCGGAUUGUUGCUUCUUUUGAAGUUCAGUACGAUCACUUUGACUCUGACCAAUCAGUCAGUCAUAAGCGAACGUUCCACUUUUUAGUCAACGAAAUGGGAAAUAUUCACACCACAGGUCCUAACGAGCUCCUCGUUGUUUCUGGUGGAUGCUGCGGCGCUGAGCGGCGCACGGUUAUUCGCGAAAGUGGAUGGGCUUGGGCUUGGUGGUGGGUGUCAGACGUUUCGCGUCUGACACUGGAAGUGAUGACACUUAAACCCCAGUGUAACGCCGUGGAAACUAGCCAAGGUGUCCAGCUGACAGUGACGGGCGUAGCGCAAGUCAAAGUUAUGACGCGAUCGGAAGAGCUUCUAGGAAACGCAAUUGUGCAGUUUUUGGGACGCUCUGUUGAGGAGAUUAAAGAGGUCAUUCUUCAGACUAUGGAAGGUCAUUUACGCGCUAUCUUGGGUAGCUUAACCGUGGAAGCGAUCUAUCAAGACCGAGAAAGUUUUGCUGCCCAGGUCACGGAAGUAGCGGCCCCGGACGUGGCAAAAAUGGGCAUCGAAAUCCUUUCUUUCACGAUCAAAGAAAUUUUCGAUCACGUCAACUACCUGUCAUCACUGGGUCGUGCGCAAACGGCUAUUGUGAAAAGGGAUGCUAACAUCGGUGUGGCGGAGGCGGAGAGGGACGCUGGUAUCCAGGAAGCGGAAAACGAACGAUUGGCAUUGGACGUCAAAUUCAAAGCUAGCACGAAUAUUGAAAACGCCGGACGUCUGUACCAGCUGCAGAAGGCAGUCUUCGAACAGGAAGUUAACACGAAGAAAGCCGAGUCUCAGCUGGCGUACGAAUUGCAAGCGGCUCGUGAAAAGCAGAAGAUUCGCUCGGAAGAAAUCAACAUUGAAGUGGUGGAACGUAGGAAGCAAAUUGAAAUCGAAGAAAAGGAAAUUCUUCGUCGGGAAAAGGAGCUGAAAACGGUAGUCACGUUGCCCGCUGACUACGAAGCCAAACGAGUGGCUUUAAUCGCUGAAGGAGACCGUAACGGACGCUUUCGUGUAGCCGAAGCUGAAGCUCACCGGAUUCGUGCUAUUGGUGGGGCGGAAGCUUCCACAAUUCAUGCGAAAGGUCAAGCCGAGGCUGAAGCCAUGAAGAUGCGUGCCUACGCUUACAAAGAGUACGGAAAUGCGGCUACAGUUAGUCUGAUACUGGAUGCACUGCCGAAGAUCGCGCACGAAAUUGCCGCACCGCUGGCCAAAACCAAUGAAAUUGUGGUUCUGGGUGGUGCUAACGGGGAUUUAUUAACGGGUUUAACGAAGGCUAUCGCCCAAAUUCCACCGGCUAUCCAUGCCAUCAACGGUAUCGAUUUGUCCCAGACUCUGGCGAAAGUCCCCGGCGCGAAGGUCAGCCCGCAACCCCACUGACGCUGAGUACGGUCAGGAGUUUGCUUUAUGUCUUCUCCUACAUGUCGGCGAGACGUAGUAUCUUCAAAAAUCAAUUACAGUUUUGUUUUGUAGAAGUUUUGUUUUGAUUUUUAUGAGUAUUCACUAGUGUGGCUGUCGUUGCGCACAUUCAGUUAACUGGUCACUGCUGGCCUCGUCAGCAUGUUUCCGGUGAUUUUUCACGUUUUUUUCUUCUGCGUACAAUCACUACAGCGUCAUUGCCUAAAGGUUCGUUCCAAGUCUAAAUUCAUUGUUGCAGUUUUUUUGGAUUUUUGCUGCUUGUAUCUUUGUAUUCUUCGUUUACAAUCAGGCGCAGAUAAACACUCUAAAAAUG